AUGGUGUAUACAGAGGGAUAUUUGAGGGAGAAGCUGACCAAGGAAUUGGACGCCGUUCACGUCGAGGUGACAGAUGAUAGUGACGGUUGUGGCGCAAAGUUCUCCGCAGUGAUAGUGUCCGAUAAAUUCCAAGGGAAACCGCUUCUUGCGAGACAUAGAUUGGUGAACACAGUGCUACAAGAAGAACUGAAGAGCAUACACGCAUUCACACAAAAGACGCUCACAGUCGAACAGUGGAACGCUCAGAAGUCUUGA